AGCGUCACAAAGGCGCCCACGCCAGAGCGGCCCCGGCGCUGGAGGGGCCGGGCGGGGGGAGUCGCGGGUGAGCUGCAGCCGCCAUGGUCUCCGUCGGGACCAACACGGACCUCAAAGGGUUUGUUCACUGCCAUUUGCCAAAGCUUUCACACAAACAUGGGAUGAUUCCUGUACAUUAUGUGAUGCCCUGGAAAGAAGAUAUGAAGAACAGGAAAUUCACUUUAAAGCAUGCAGAUGUUGUUGGGAUAUAUACUGGCGCCACAGAAGAUAGUCUGUUUCUGGAGCACAGAGAAAGACUUUGCCAUGGAGAAGAAAGAAAACACAUACGGGAGAAAAUUCCUCAGGAAAUGCUGAUUGCAGAUAUUCCCAUACAUUCUCAUCUCUCCAGAUACCAGAAGUCUGUGAUUGCUCAUGGAUGGAGGAUGAAACUCUGACCUUCUUUUUCCCUCAAUACACUCAUGUUUGAGCUGUGUAGGCUACAAGGUUUAAAUCUGCUGCAAGAAAA